AUGCUUCCCCGCGCCCUCCUCCUUCCGCUCCGCCGCACGGUGUUCGCCCGCCCCUCCCUCCGCCCCCAUAUGCGCCACAUGCACACCCCAACCUGCAGCUGCCUGCGCCCGACGCUUUCCCUCCUCAACCGGCCAUACCCACAGCGCACCAGCAUUUACGAUCUCAGCGCGCGGUUCCAGAGCCUCGGCGUAGCGGCGUUGCCGGUGCGCCAGCAGCUGCGCGGUAUGAAGGUGCGGAGUUCGGUGAAGAAGCUGUGCGAUGGGUGUAAGAGUGUGAGGAGGAAGAAGGGCCGCUAUGUGUAUAUCAUUUGUAGUAAGAAUCCGAAGCAUAAGCAGAGGCAAGGAUGA